GGGAAAUCUGUCUUUAAAUAUGCGCUGAUGUUCGGAUAUCCAGUGGCAAUUUAUCGCAGCCGCAUUCGGUCCUUUUUUGCUCCUCGUUUUUUGUAUGUUUUAGUUCGUUUUGCAAGCGCUCUAGUUUUCAAUGGAUAGUUACGACGACUUUCAGAGCACGCCAACUGGUAAAGUCUCAAAGGCGAAAAAGGGAAAGCCUGUUCACGUUUGUUCCGAAUGCCAAAAGGUAUACACUCGUGCUGAGCACUUAAGGCGGCAUCAGUCUUCGCACCAAGAGCCCCAGUUCGAAUGCCCAGUAUGUCAAAGACGCUUCCAUCGCAAGGAUCUGCUAGAAAGACACUACAAACGAAUUCAAGUAAGGCAAGAGUAUCACCAAAACAUUUUCUGGCAUACCUUAUCUUGGACUUCAACAAUGAGACUUCGUGGGACUAGCACUAGCAUCUCAGUCGGCUCGAGUAUCGAGGACAGGGCAGCCAACAUGUGGUCGCUCCCUAUGGCCAUGAUCUCUCACCAUUCCCCGUACCUGAAAGCAAUUAUUCAACCUUUUAUGGAAUGGCUGUACUAUGGAACUUAUGAUGACUUCACAUCGCCGUCAUCUUCGAACAUUCAUGCAAGAUGUUGGUGUCUUGGCGAUGAGCUUCUCUGCAACGAGUGUCACCUCAAAUACCUGAAAGAAUAUAUUUUCGACGAAGUCAACUUCAUCGCGAUUACACCAUCAGCUACAGAACCUAUGAGAUUGUCAGUCAGACAGAGGAGGAGGAACAAGAAAAAGACGUCAAUGGCCAGCAUAAAGAGUGAAGAAAAUGCAAAGGCUGAGUCUCUUGAUUCCAGUGUUGGAGCUCUAAGUCUCAAACAGAAAUCUCCUGGAGGCAAUGAAUCUGAGCCAGUACAAGCUUCAGUCAGCGGUGAUGAUAACAAGCCGCAUCCCGAGAUCUCUAUUUUAUAUCCAGGAACCAGUCCUACUGCCUUACCUGUCUGGAUGAAUCAGGAGGGGCACCGCAGCAAUUCGGCGCCAUCGUCAAUAUUGGAAACAAAUAUCUGGUAA